CGCGGGGAGGGUUCCCUACGCCUGCGGCCCCCUCGCACUUGGGAGCCGGGGACGGUAGCGCCCCAGUCCCAAAGGCCUCGGGAGCCUGGGCCCAGGCGACGGUUCCUACCGCGCCAAAAGGAAGCUAGGGCCUGAGGGCCCAAGCAGCCCCCACCCAUGGGGCCUGGGCAGCGGUAGGGCCACGGGGAUAGAGCACCAGGGUGCGGGUUGGCGCUGUGCCUGCUGGGGGAUCUAGGGCAAGUCACUGCCCUUUCCCGUGCCUCAGUUUCCCCAUCGGUACAAUGGGGCUCAAGAUCUCACCUGUUUUGUAAGGCGCUCUGAGAUCUGCUGAGGAAAAGCUCCCAAUGAGAGCUGCCUGCUGUUAUCUGUUCUCACCCUGAGUUGAAUUUUCUGAGAGCCUAAUGCUGUGGCUAAUUAUCCAGCGGGAAUCUCCCCUCCCCCUUAAUUAUGACCAAUGUCAGUCACUUAAAACCUUCCCAAGGUGUCAGCCUGGCCCUUGGUCUGAUCUGAAAAGGCUCCUACGUAGUAGGGGUCUGUGACUAUUAGUGGGAUAAAGGCUGGUAAACUGCUUAAAGGGGAGCUUAUCCUAUUAUAAUGGACUAAUUGGGGUCUUUGGUCCUACCAUGUCAGCACAAAUGCCGGAGAAGACUGCUGUUGGAAUACCUUCAGCACAGAGCCUUCACCUCCAGUGGGACAGGGAAGCUGCUUUUAUACACAAUUUCCACAUUGUCUAUGGUUGACUUCUUUUAGCCAAGAUGUCAGUGAAUCCUAUGGCAUAUGAAGCCCAGUUCUUUGGUUUUACCCCUCAGACAUGUAUGCUUAGGGUCUACAUUGCAUUUCAAGACUACCUGUUUGAAAUGAUGCUGGUUGUGGAGAGAGUCAUUCUGAAGAAACUAGAAGGCUUUCCUGACUCUAAGAUCAGUCCAUUCCAAAUCCGUAAGAGCACAGAGAAAUUUCUUCUCUUCAUGAAGGAGCGCUUUGAUCACCUCUUCAGCAAAAUGGAACAAAUGCUUUUGCAGUUGGUGUUAAACAUCCCUAAAAAUGUUUUACUUCCUGAAGACAAGGUCCACGAGCAGUACCCCUACAGUAAGGAACAGUUUCAAACUCUGCAAGGUGAAAUUGAUCAACUACAGAAACAAUACAAGGUUGAAGUGUCUGCUGGACAGGCCCUUUUAGCAGAAUUAGAAGAACAGAAAAUGGUUCAGGCAGAACUUGAGAAGACCCUCCAGUGGUUUGAUGGGCUUGAGACCAUAUGCAGAGAGCACGGGACUAGCAAUUUAAAGGAAAGCUUUGCAUUCUUGACGCAAACUUGUAAGAAACUGCAAGAUAUACUAAAGGAAGUUGAAAAGAAAAACAAAAGAUUGCAAAAAAGUAAUCUCGAUGUAGUGUAAAGGAAGUACUGAAAGGGCAGCAGAGAAACCAAUAAGACAAUACAAUACAUUUUUUUGGGAUCUCUCCAGAAGCAUUUGUAUAUAAAGUUUUUUGGGGGGGUUGCCCCCUCUUCCUUGCCAUACCAGUUUUUGACUGAAAGCUGGUGAGUGCAAUAUUCUGGCAAACCAUCAUUUUCCCCUCCUGAAUUCUAUAAAUGCUGCAUAGACAUUUCUUUAAGUAAAUAACCAUACCCCCCUAAGAAUGUCUAAAUGAAUUGUCUGAAUGGUAGAAGUGCAGACGCAAAAUAAGUGCAUUGUAAUGAAGAUUUCAAUUCUCUGCACUAGUUCAUUUAAGCAACUUUAGUAGAGAGGAAGCUUUUUCUUUAAUGUACAAUAGGUUAGAAGCAUCUUAAUCUUAAACUAUUUUCUGGAAGUCAAGACUUGUCAGUAUUGAAAUAUUCCAUUUAGAAAUGUAAGAAUGUGACAUCAUAGUAAAACUUAGGCCUUGAGGAGAAAUACAUUUAAUAAAUGUUGGAGUUGGAAUUAAUCUAGACAAUAGUGAGUGGUUUCUAAAAUGGAGGGGUUAGUUGUUACUUCCAGUAUUUAAAAAAUAAAAAAAAAGGGGUUGAUAUUCUGAAGGAGUUAACAAAGACAGGACAGAGGGCCUGGAUCUUUCCUGUUUCUGGUGGAAAUAUUUCACAAAUACUAAUCAGUAGUCAUAAACCUAUGUACAGUAGGUGAUUAUACCAAUUUUGCAAAUGGAUAGAGUUAGUUUUGCUUUGAGCAGGAAGCGCACAUUGUACAGUGCUGUGUGUGAUAAGAGACAGAUAUGAGCUGCAGCGGAAUAACUCAGACUCUGGACUGCUUUGAAAGUUCUUGCACCAUAGUAUUUAUCGUAGUGUCAGCACAGCAUUAUACAUUGUGUGACUCUUGCUAAAAGCAAAACUUAGUUUGCAUAGCUAUACAAUGGGUAUACUCACCUACCUUACCAUGGGUGUUAUGUGGACUGAUUAAUAUUUGCGAAGUCCUUUGAGUUCCUUGAAUUAAGCUUACUUUAUAUGGACUUGUUCCACAAUCCAAAGAAAAUGUGAAUCUUUUCAUUGACUUCAGUGCCUUUUGGAUCAGCCCUUAUUUGCAUAUUAGUAUAGUAAAAAGAAGCUUAACUUUUACAGGGGCAAAACGUCCUUACUUUUUAAAAGAUACUUGCUUGAAUGAUGUUUAACUUCUGUAUAACUUGAGAGCUACUUAAAAAUUAUACAUAAGGUGACAAAAUAUAUUUUUUCAAUGCAUUCUGAAACUAUACUAUAAAAUAUUCUAUGCUAUUCUAUGAAAUUUGUCAAAUACCUGAAGACUUCUGGAUCAGCUCAAUAUGCUCAAAGAACAGGUCAACAAAUUUGAAGUGUCCACUGAUUUUGUGAGCCCAGUGUGACAUUUUGUGACUCAUCUUGGGCACCCAAAGUCAGAGUCCACAUCUGAAAAUUUGGCCAAAGACGUUAACUUUUAAUGUUUAACACUAGUCUUUGUGUGAACUAACGUGCAUUAAAUAAUACCUAAAGAUUUUCUAAUGGAAAUCAUUCUAAAGUAUCUUAUUUAGAGACUCAUUUUGUAUGUAUCACUUAAAACAAUGUUCAUUUUUCUGCGUUUUUUGAUCAGUAAAAUCUAAGUGUUCAUUUCCCCACCACUCAUUCUAACAUGUAGGAAGCUUCUGUGUACUGUAUGGCUGCAGCUAAAACUAGUAAAUAAACAUUCCAGUAACUCAUAA